UGUAGUUGGGUCCUUCACAGCAGCCCGUGCGAGGCUGUCCUGGAGACCCCGCGCUGCCUGCACCUCUAUCGUCUCGGUUGUCAUGGAUGAUGAAGACGGCAGGUGCCUUCUAGAUGUAAUUUGUGACCCAGAAGCUCUCAACGACUUUCUUCAUGGAUCUGAGACCCAUGUGAGUAAGAGCGAAAACCUGUUGAGAGGACACAGUUAUUAGGCUUUUGAGUGAUGGUUGGAAAUGUUGGGUUUGUUGGUUUGAUGUGGUAAGGUGUCUUAAGUUGAGGCCUGCAUGGCACUACAUUGAGUCACUGAGAUUACACGUUGAUGCACACUGACUCCCACGUACCUCACUACUUUAAUUUUUCAUUUAACUGCUUCCCUUGCUUACUGGUCGUCUGCUUUUUGGUGGCACUACUUUUUUAGUCUGCCUUUCCUUUUUAUAUUAAAAGCGCAAAUACUAACGCUUCCAACGCUGUGUUAUUCUAUCAUUUUGCCCCUCUGUCGCUUAUGUUUUUGCUGGUUCUUUACAAUCUUUGGUCUCUGGACUGUGUUCUUUCCAUUUCUUACCCUCCUCCUCUGUUUGAUGGUCCUUAUGUUUCUCUAUCCUGGUGGCUUUUGCCUGCCUGUGUGGGUGCCUUUGGUUUCUGUCUGUCCUAUCCUGGGUGGGUGUGUCUGUAGUUGGACACUGACGACCUUUUGGAUGGUUCGAGUGACCCCUCCAGCUCGUUCUUCUCUACUACUGGGGUGAGUAAAAUCCCCCAUCCUCUUCCCUCUGUUUUCUAUCCAUCCAUGUAGCAUGCACCUCCAAAUACCCUCCCUUUCCACUAACAGAUCUACACUCUACCAGCUAUGAUUUUCUGCAAGGUGUCCAGAUUUUUUGUGGGGAUUUCAUGUUUGUACGUCUGUGUCAAUCCAGUCACAGCUCUUGAGUUCAUGCAUAGUCGUCAAAACUCACCAAUCAACUGGUUUCAGUUUCCUUCUUUCCUUUCCUUCUCCACUUUUAAGGGCCAUGUUACAGAGGUCCAGCCUGCAGUCCAGCUGUCGGCCAAUGAGCCGGCAGGCCUGCCCAGAGUCAGUGUUGACCUGGACUUCCUUGAAGACGAUGACAUCUUGGGGGGAUCUCCAGGUGGCGAAGGUGGGAGCAAUGGCAUUGGGACAAAUCACGAGCCAUGCGACAUCCUGCAGCAGAGCUUGGCUGAAGCAAACAUCACCGAGCAAAGCUUACAGGAAGCAGAGGCUGAGCUGGAUCUGGGCUCCUUUGGAAUUCCAGGCCUUACACAGGUGGUUCAGACACUGCCUGAUGCCAGCCUCUCUGGGGCUGGAGGCGCCACUGUCGGUGUAGGCAUAGGUGUUGGUGUUGGGGGAGCAGCAACAAUUUUCCCUGGGUCGGCCCCGAGCACCACUGCUACUCCUCCCAAUGCCGCAGCAGACAUGCUGGGGUCAGUCCUGGCUCAGCAGGGCCUUCAACUCCAACCCCAGGUGAUGAACAAGGCCAUCAGUGUUCAGCCAUUUAUGCAGCCUGUAGGCCUUGGAAAUGUGACACUUCAACCCAUAUCAAGUCUUCAAGCUCUUCCUAACGGGAGUCAGUCUGGACAUUUGGGUAUUGGACAGAUUCAGGUUGUGGGUCAGCCUACAGUCAUGACUAUCAAUCAGUCUGGGCAGCCGAUCUUGGCUAAGGCCAUGGGUGGGUACCAGCUGCACCAAUCCGGGCCAGAAGUAUCAGCUACUGGUUCUCAGGCAGCACUUGGAGGCUCAGGGGGUGGACUUCUGAUCCAAGGUAACAAAACCACUUUGGGAUCUCCAGCUUUAAAUGGACCAGCUGUUUGUGUCAGCAGCACAAACAGCAGCACCGGCGGCACAAUGACUGCUUCUGCUGGGCUCGUGGGCUUUAGCAGCACCUCUCUAAGUUCAGGAAUUGGACCCCAGACGCAAACUCAAGGCCAAAUCAUGCAGAACGUGAUCAUCCAACGCACACCAACACCCAUUCAACCUAAGCCCCCUCAGGGGGGAGCCAUUCAGCCUAAACUCUUCAAACAGCAACAACAGCAGCAGCAACAACAGACUCCCCAACCCUUGCAAAAUGAUGCCCACAAGACUCUAGGGCUGCAGCAGGUUCCAGUUUCGACUGCUCAGAAUGUAGCCUUUCUGACUGGAAAGCCGGGCUCUAAUGUUGUCCUGAGUGCUCAAGGCACAACACAAGGCCCUCAGUUUCAACAGACCAUAUUCAAACAACAAGGAGCACAACAGUCUGGCAAGCCCCUCAGUGUACACUUGUUAAACCAAUCAGGCAGCAUUGUUAUUCCCUCUCAGACUGUUCUGCAAGGUCAAAACCACCAGUUUCUCCUGCCACAGCUACAGGCCGGUGGACAGAUCCUGACUCAACACCCCGGUGGCCACAUCAUAACUAGUCAAGGGCCUGGUGGACAGCUCAUUGCAAACCAGAUUUUAACUGCAAACCAGAACAUCAACCUAGGUCAGGUGUUGACUUCACAAGGCCACCCUGGGGCCCACAUCCUCUCUGGGCCUAUUCAGCUUCAGUCUGGUCAGAUGGGCACACCUACCCUCUUUCAGAUGCCUGUCUCAUUGGCUCAGAGUCAAAAUCAAACUCAAACACACACCGUCUCAGGUCAUGCUCAGACAGUCAUACAAGGCAUGCCAAUCCAGAACUCCCUGACGAUGCUCAGUCAGGUGGAAGGGCUGAGCCCUGCAGUCAGUCUGCAGCCUGCCCUGCAACCCCAGACAGGUGGAGUCCCCAGCAGCGGCACAGGAGCUGCAAACAUGACUCAAGGCCAGCCUGGGGAGUGUGUUACUGUGCUGGGUAGCUCCACAGACCAGGCUGCUCAUCCCACUCAGCAUAUACCGCAGUCCUCUAUCCUCACCAUGCAACCGUCUUCUGUGUCUGCUGCUACCACAAUACCCUGCUCCUCUCCGUCCAUGUCUGUGUCCACCUCUUCCUCUGUUACAGCAGUGGGGCUGGUUCCCCCUCAGCACAGUCCAGGGAGGCUACUCUUCACCAACCAGGGCUCAAGUAUGAUCCUGAGUCAGGAGUCUCUUCAGAUGUUCCUGCAACAGGUACCUGGUGGGCAGAAGCAGGCCCUGAAGAUCCAGGGCAUGUCCCCUUCGCCGGCCUUGACCAGUCACACUACAGUGCCCCUAGUGGCAGAACGCCCCCAGUCUUCCCAGUCUCCUCUCACUCUGAGCCAGCAGAUCCAGUCACCGCACCAUCAACAGCAAUCGCAUCCUCAAUCUCAGCCUCAGCCACAGACUCUAACUUCCUCUCGCUCGUGUACACCUUCCUCGCAUCCCCCGCUCUUUAUUGUCCAUAACCAAAUCGCGGAGUCCUCUCAACCAGCUCCGCAGCCGACGCAGCAGACACACAUUCAAGUUCAGCUUCAGACUCAGCCACGGCCGGCCUCUCAGCCUGCCCCUUAUCAGCAAGACAUGCCUCCCUUGUCCCAGUCGCCCAAGCCCCCUCUUGCAUCGCCUGCACAGCACCAGUUUACUGUGUCUCCUGUUAGCACUUCUGCAACCGCUGUAGUCAACGCCCAGGUGUCCGUCCCGGGCCUGACAGCAGAGCAGCAGCACCACUUGCAAUUAAUAGGAGCUCAGAUUCAGACUCUGUCAGGCAUCACUCAGCCCUCACCUCAGCAAAAACAGCUGUUGGAUAAGCUGCACCAGGUCCAGCAGAACAUCCUGCUGCAGGCCAAGCAGUCUGCACAGUCUCAGCCUCAACCUCAGCCUCAGCCUCAAGUCACCAGUCAGUUCAGCUCUCAGCAAGAUGUGCCUGUUGAUAAAGUGGUGAUUACAUCAUCUUCCGCCACUGGUACCCAUGCUCAGCUUCUAUCAGUGCUGCAGCCCGCAUCAGUGCUUGUCAAAACGCCUGCUACAGCAUCAAGUGACUUACAGGUUUUCUCAGGAGCCCAAGGGCCAGCUGGAUCACUGGUGAAUCAGACUGUCACUCCUGCCAGCCUUACCCAGCCUGCCCAGGUUCAGCCAAAGCCAGGGGUGAUCAGCUCAGUGGGAGGGAUGACUUUGGGGAAAGGUGGGAUGCAGAUACAGGUGCUAGGAACUGGUCUGACUCAGAUGCCUGUUCCACAGCCGCUAGCUCCAGUACAAACUCAGACAACAACAAUGAAGAUGCCUUUCAGUGCAGAGCCAAGCAAAGAAGCCAGGAUGCUGGAACAGCUGAGGAAACAGCAGGGUUCAGUGCUUCACCCAAACUACAGCGCUCCUUUCGGCUCUUUUGAUGACACACUGCACAGACUGCUGCCUUACCACGUCUACCAGGGAACUGCCAACUCUUCUCAAGACUAUCAAAAAGUGGAUGAUGAAUUUGAGAAGGUGUCUUCUCAUCUGCUGAAAAGGACCCAGGCCAUGCUGGAUAAAUAUCGCUACCUACUCUUUGCAGAGUCGAAACAGAGACUGGGCCCCUCGGCAGAGAUGGUGAUGAUUGAUCGGAUGUUCAUUCAGGAGGAGAAGAUCGCAUUAAGUCAGGACAGAGUUUUAGCCCGGGAGAGACCAGAGGAGUUUAUGGCAAACGCACGUAUGUUGGAAGGUGUAUUGUCGUCCCAACAGAAGUCCUCUUCUGCAGAGCCCACCCCUGUGAGCGGGGGUGUUGCAGCUGUUCCUGCUCCGGCACCUCCAGCACCUCCAGCUCCUGCCUCCGCCCCUGCCCCUGCCUCUCUUCCCAAAACUGAUCCGACUCCCUCUCCUGCACCCACUCAAGCCCCUGCCGCAGCUUCGACUCCCACUCCCAAUUCCAACCCUGCUCCUCCUCCAACUUCAGCACCUCCUGUCCCCCUUUCUGCCGCCUCUUCCGCUUCCCCUUUCCCCUCCACCAAGCUAGUGAUAAAGCAUGGUGGAGGGGGAGCCUCUGUGUCCUGGUCCAGCAGUUGUGCCCCUUCUCCAGCUCCAGCAGGCAGGCUGUCUGAGCCGGUCAGCCAGAGCUCCGGGUUAAGUCGUGCUCCAGUGGCGUCGUCCUCUUCAUCCCUCAACUCUCAAGCAGCUGAAGAUGACGUUGAUGCUCUCCCACAGAGGACAAGCAAACCGCCUAUGAAGACCUAUGAGGCUCGGAGGAGAAUUGGCUUGAAGCUGAAGAUUAAACAGGAUCAAACUGGGUUCAGUAAGGUUGUCCACAACACUGCCUUAGACCCAGUGCACACACCUCAACCUCAGCAGAGCAGCCAGUCUGUAUCCCAGCCUCCGACUCAGCCGGCGCGGUUUGAAGCUAGUGCCACACACUCAAAGUCCCAACCUUCCUCCACCCCUUCUAAUACAGUUAUCAGAACUCAGUCCCCUGUAUGCACUGCUCCUUCUGCCUCAUCAGUCACCACAGCAACCACUCAAUCUAACCCAUCACUGAGAGCCACUGUUACCCACAAUGCAGCUCCAUCUUCCUCCACCACUUCCUCCAGUACUUGGUCAUUCUCCACCUCUUCUUCCUCCACCCAAAUGAACGGGACGUUGGACCAUCACGACGUAGGAGGGGUCAAACACAAUUCUAACUCCACUGCCACUCCCUCACAGACGACGUGUCGCCUCCCCCUCCGGAAAACAUACCGGGAAAACGUAAGUCCUCGGGUCAGACCUGGUGUUCCUGGGGGAGGAGAUGAGAGUUUUACCUACCACAGACCGACACCAUCACCCCCCAGGCAUGAGGCUUCCUCCCCUCCCUCAGAAAGGACAGUGAUAGCCAGUGUGAAGGUGGAGAAACGGAGCAGGGAGGCUUCGCACAUUCACACUGAGUCGAGCCACGAAGCAGGCCGUUUUGGGAGUGCAAUGCAGGGGUUGGAUGAAAUGGACGCAGUGUUUAAUCGUGGUAUCAAAACCACGCAGCAUCAUCUCCCACCGCUCCUAGACAGGGAAGGAACUAAGGAGAGAGGGGAGGAACACACAGACCAAGAGACAGAGGUAGGGAAAUACAAAAGGGGGAGUGGAAAAAAUAGACAUCGGGCAGGUGGGACGUUCAGAAUGGACCAGCAUGCCCCUGGGCCUCCUUCUCCCGAGUCCUCUUUCACUCGAGACUCUCUGCUUCCUGCCAAACGCUGUAAGUCAGACUCCCCUGACAUGGAUAACGCCAGCUUUUCCAGUGGCAGCCCCCCUGACGAUUCUCUAAAUGAGCACCUGCAGUGCGCCAUUGACAGCAUCCUCAACCUGCAGCAGGAACCUUCUGCCCGCGGGCAACACAUUAAAGGGGGCAACAGCAGGUCCCACCAACACCAAAGCCAGCGCCCAGGGGCCUCAGCUGCCUCAUCCCACAGACCCUCAGUCCCACCCUCCUCCUCAUCCUCGUCCUCCUCCUUGGCCCAGCACCCUCAGGUUGGUGGUCGUGGCCACAACGGCAGCCUGGUGCCCCAAACGCAAAGCAGAUAACAGCCCCUCAGCCAAAGGCCAGACUGAGAAGGGGGAACUAAGAGACAGACUUGGAGGCAGGGUAAGGGGGGGCACUGUGAAAACAGUCUAACUGUACUACUCUGCCAAGCUGUGUUGGCUCUGUUUGUCCAUUUGAAUUGUCCAGACAUUUCUUUGUCGUUUACAACCUGAGGUAGACCUGUGGUGAAAAUAGAGAGAGUGUGGUCAAAGCUUAAACUCUUUGUGAAUUGCAGACUUGAAGAUGCCUCACAUUUUGUAUGUGUUCUCUCAGCCAAGAUCAAGUGGUUACAUGAAAUGUCAGCUUUUUUGUUCUCUUUCCUUCUUUUUUUCCUAUUUUAAUCUUUUCUUUUCUUAUUCACCAUUCAUACAUUCCUUUUUAAUUUGUGCCCCCCUCCCCCCGUCUUCUUCAAAAGCGGUUCACCUCCUGGUUUCAGCAAUGAGCCAGUGAGCAUCAGGCAGCUAAAUUAAAACAGUUCAGAAGUCCACAACUUUUCCUUCGAUUGGAUACUUGCAGCUAAGAGAACGGGGCUCCAGGUUCAAACUUCAGAAUAUCAUAAACAUGGUGUUUUUGUUUUUACAACCACAUGAGAUUUUCUUAACAUAGAGGAAAAGCUGCCCCACAGGAGGAAACACAACAUGCCAAAAUGUUACAGUCCACCUCGAUUAUCAGUGAUGAAUUUCUUCUACUUAAUAAACCUGCUGAGCUGAGUUACAACGCCCACAGGGUGACUGCUAUUGGUCUGCAAUCGGCACAAUCACUUACUUUGGAGACUCUCAAAGCUACAUAUGCAUUUUCAAGUUUCAAGGUUUUCGGGAUGUUCACUUUAGGGUACUGACAAGAUGUAAAUAGCAUUAUCAGUUCUGUUCUGGUUCAUACAUGAUGACAUGGUUUUCACGGUUUCUCGUUUUUAGACCACACCUCCACGCAUACCUUGCCCUCUCGCUGCUCGUGAUGCCAGGUUAGGACUUCAGGCAUUUAGUCAGCAGGGGGCAGGCUAGUUUUAAGAGAUGAGUUUCUCGGUUCUCAGUCUGUUUUAUCUUUCUGCCACUGUAUCCCUGCCUCCUACGUGUGUUUCUGUUUGUCUUUUUAAGGCCUGGUGGACAAUUCAAACACAAACACAGCACAAGCAUUGAAAUGGAAAAAAGGAACAAUAAUAAUGUACAAAAAGACUGUAAGAGAAUUUGAAGUAUAGUAUUACAGAUUAAUUUUGUAUUGUAUUUAUUGUGUAUAAUGACACUUUUUAAAAAGAAAUGUACAUUUAGUAAAACUGUAAAUUAAACCUUGCUUCUUUAAUGAAA